AUGGCCUGCAGGAAGUGUUGCUCAGGUCAUCAGACCAAGUGGGUCCUUGCCGGCAGUGCCAGCGUGGCUCUGGUGUUCACCAUUGGGAUGGUCUUGGGCUUCACCCUGCAGCGGGGCACCCAGACAGGCUGUGAGCAGGACACCUGUCGCCCCGACGCAGACAUGCUGGAGUACCUGCUGAGCCUGGGGCAGAUCAGUCACCCGGAUGGCCUGUCAGUCACCUGGUAUCACGCGGCCAACAGCCAGGAAGAGAUGAAGGCUGCCCUGAGCAGCAACGCCAUGGUCUUGGAGGCAGAUGUCACUGUCCAAGGGCUCAACACAGCUAAUGAGACAGGGGUCCCCAUCAUGGCCCAUCCCCCAGCCAUCUACAGCGACAACACCCUGCAGCAGUGGCUGGAGACCGUGCUGGCCUCUUCCCUGAAGGGCAUCAAACUGGACUUCAAGAGCCUCAAGGCCGUGGGCCCCUCCCUGGACCUCCUGCGGCAGCUGACAGAAGCCGGAAGAGUCCGGAGGCCCGUGUGGGUCAAUGCUGACAUCCUGAGGGGUCCCAAUGUGCCCAUCCCAACGGAGGUCAACGCUACACAGUUCCUGACGCUGGUCCAGGAGAAGUAUCCUGAAGCGACCCUGUCCCCAGGCUGGACCACCCUCUAUGUGCCCUUGUUCCCAAACAGCACCUACACCCAAGCCAUGGUGGAGAAGAUGCAGGAGCUGGUGGGAACACUGCCACAGAGGGUCACCUUCCCUGUGCGGGCCGUCAUGGUGCGCGCCGCCUGGCCCCACUUCAGCUGGCUGCUGGGCCAAUCUGAAAGGUACAGCCUGACCCUGUGGCAGGGCGCCUCCGACCCCGUGUCAGUGGAUGAUCUCCUCUACAUCCGGGACAACACCGCGGCCCACCAAGUCUACUACGACCUAUUUGAGCCUGUGCUGUCGCAGUUCAAGGAGCUGGCCUUGAAUGCCACACGGAAGCGAAUGUACUACACGGGCAGCAGCCUGAUCCCUGUUCUCCAGCCACCCGGGGCUGAUGGUCUGGGUGUGGAGUGGCUGCUUCCAGAAGUCCGAGGCAAUGGCAGAACAGCAAUGAUUACGCUCCCUGACAGAGAAGGCAUGAUCCUGCUGGAUGUUGGUCUCCAGGGAACUGCAGCCGGGGACCCUGUGCCCAUCAUCCGUGCCCCAGGCAGUCCUGCCUUGACUCUGGAGUCGUGCCUGCUGCAGCUGGCCAUGCGCCCUGGGCGCUGGGGCAUCCACGUGCACAUUGCAGAGCCCGCAGCCCUCCGGCCAUCCCUGGCCCUCCUGGCCCGCCUCUCGGCCCUUGGCCACCUGCCUCGGCCUGUGUGGGUAGGGGCCACAAUCUCGUAUGGGAGUUUUGUGGUCCCUGGCCACAUGGCUGGCAAAGAGUUGCUUAUGGCUGUGGCUGAGGUAUUCCCCCAUGUAACAGUGGCACCCAGCUGGCCCAAGGAGGUGCUGGGCAGUGGCUAUGGGGAGCAGCUGAUCACAGAUAUGCUGGAGCUCUGCCAGGGGCUCUGGCAACCUGUGUCCUUUCAGCUGCAAGCCAGACCACUGGACCAGAACGUGGCAGGAGCUGUGGCCAGGCUGCUGGCGGCCUCGCCUCGGGCCACCGUCACAGUGCAGCACAGCCUUGCUGGGAGCAACUGUGCAGCUGUGUGGGCAGGGCUGCUGGCAGCCAGUGGCGUGGACAGGACCAGAGUCUACUGCAGGCCACCCCAGGGGUACCACGAGGACUCGUGGGCAGAUGUUGGCAGAAACUGACCACCAAGUGGUGCCAGGCCAGCCAACUCCUGGAUCCAGCCUUCCCUGCGGGAGCAAACGCCCCUGCCUUCCUCCGUGCACAGCACGUGGGUCCAUGGGGCAGGCUGGAGCGGGAGCCUAGAGUGUCUGGAGGCUGGGGGCCAGGUCAUUCCGAUUGUCCAGGAGGAAACGUUCACAAGCCUUGAAGGUGUUGUAGAACUCUGAGGAGAGGCCAGCCACGUUGGUGGUCACGUAGUUGAGGAGGUCCGGG